UAAUCUCUCACAAGUACCGCCGCCGCCGCUAAUCCCCUCACAAGUAGCGUCGCCGCUUUGGUAUGUGCUCAGAGAAUACUAGCUCCUCAACAAUGGAGGGCUCUGAUAUGGAAUUUCUACCGGAGCAAAACCUAGACUCCGAAGCCGAUGACUUCUGCGCUGCCGUGUUAUCCCAAUUCAGCGAUUCCGCCAACGAGUCUCACGUCCACAUAUGCACCGCCAUCGGCGCAAUGUCGCAGGAGCUAAAAGACCAGAACUUGCCACUCACCCCCAUAACCUACUUCGGCGCUACUUGCUCAUCCCUUCAGCGCGUCUCCACCGCCGAAGCCGAGGACCCCCAGCCUCACAUCGUUGACGCUCUCUCCACCAUUCUCUCACUCGUCAUUGAUAAAAUCAGCAGAGCUGCGCUGCUAAAGAAAUUCGAUUAUACUUCGAAUCUCCUUGCCCGGAUUCUCCGGCAGAAAACGACUGGUGUUCAGGGGAUUGUCUCGUGUUUGAAGGGCGUUUCGUAUCUUUUGCUUGUUAGAGAAAAGGCGAACUGGGCGGAUGUAGCUGAGCUCUAUGGUUUUCUUGUUGGUUUUAUGGCGGAUGAUCGACCAAAAGUGAGGAAACAGUCUCACAUUUGUCUUCGAGAGGUCCUACAAAAAUUUCAGAUGUCACCUGUGCUCACAGCUUUAUUGGCACCUGCAAGUGAAGCUAUUGGUAAUGUCUUUGAAAGGUCUCUCCUACUUGCUGGAGGAUCAAAUGCGAGUGCUCCGGAGGGCCCGAAAGGAGCUCAGGAAGUUCUGUACAUUCUUGAUGCACUCAAAAUUUGUCUCCCAUUUAUGUCCGUGAAGUCGUCAGUGAGCAUUUUGAAAUACUUCAAAUCUCUCUUGGAAUUGCGUCAACCUCUUGUUACCAGGCGUAUAACAGAUGCCAUUAAUGCCCUCUGCAUCCACCCAACUGGAGAAGUUUCCCCGGAAGUGCUUCUUGAUCUGUUAUGCUCAUUAGCCACAUCAAUUUCUGCACAUCAGUCAUCAGCUGAUAGCAUGACAUUUACUUCUCGCUUGCUAGAUGUUGGGAUGAAAAGAAUAUAUUCCCUAAAUAGACAAAUUUGUGUGGUUAAGCUCCCAGUGGUAUUCAGCGCACUUAGUGAUGUUUUGGUUUCUGAACAUGAGGAAGCAUUGGUAGCUGCAAAGGAAGCUUUCAAGAACUUAAUAAAUGCAUGCAUUGAUGAAAACUUGAUCAAACAAGGUGUGGAUCAGGUUAUGAAUUCUAAUGAGGGAACAAGGAAAUCUGCCCCAACAAUUAUUGAAAAAGUAUGCGCAACAAUUGAAAGCUUGCUUGAUUAUCAAUAUGCGGCAGUCUGGGAUAUUUCGUUUCAAAUUGUUUCAACAAUGUUUGACAAACUAGGUCAAUAUUCUUCUUACUUCUUGAAAGGAGCACUUGAGAAUUUGGCCGAGAUACAAAAGUUACCUGAUGAAGAUUUUCCAUUUCGUAAACAGCUACAUGAAUGCGUGGGAUCGGCUGUUGGUGCAAUGGGACCUGAAGCUUUUUUAAGUAUUCUUCCUCUGAAUUUGGACUCUCGGGAUUUAUCCGAGGCCAAUCUGUGGCUGUUUCCGAUCCUGAAACAUUACAUUGUUGGUGCUCAUUUAAGUUUCUUUACCAAGACAAUUAUGUCAAUUAUUGCAGCUAUGAAGCAGCGAUCUGCAGUGUUUGAGCAAGAAGGAAAGAUCAUCUCUGCGAGGACUAUUGAUGGCAUCGUAUACUCUUUAUGGUCAUUGUUACCCUCAUUUUGCAACUAUCCUUUAGACACUGCUGAUAGCUUCAAGGCCUUGGAGAAGGUGCUAAAUAAAGCUUUACGUGAAGAGCCUGAUGUUCAUGGUAUAAUAUGCUCCGGUUUGCAUAUUCUCAUUGAACAGAACAAGAGCAUUGUAGAAGGAAAAGAGGAUCUGUCUAACAGCGGGAUGAGCAUUCACAAGGAGCGAGCAAUUGCUCGUUACAACUCACAAGUUGUAGCUGAUAAUUUGAAUGCAGUAAGGGUCUCUGCUCGUGAAUUAUUAUCUAUUCUUUCUGGAGCCUUCUUGAAAUCUUCGAAAGACACGAUUGGACCUCUGCAGACGGUUAUUGGUGAGCUGGCUUCCAUUUCGGAUAAAGAGGUAGUCACAAGGUUCUUCAAGAGUACUAUGCAAAAACUUUUGAAGGUGACACAAGAGGCUGGUAAAACAGGCUCAAGAGAUAACAAUGCAAUGCAAGUGGAUAACUCUUCUGGUGAAGAAUCAUUGUCGUCAGUGAGGGCUCAGCUAUUUGAUCUGGCAGUUUCACUUUUGCCUGGCUUAGACUCCAAGGAAAUUGAUCUCUUGUUCAUCGCAAUAGAACCUGCAUUGAAGGAUGCUGAAGGAUUGGUUCAGAAAAAGGCAUACAAAGUUCUUUCAAUCAUGCUCCAAAAAUCUGACGAGUUUACUUCAAGGAGGCUUGAUGAGUUGCUUAAUUUGAUGGUUGAAGCACUGCCAUCAUGCCAUUUUUCUGCCAAGCGUCAUAGACUUGACUGCCUGUAUUUCUUGAUUGUCCAUAUUUCCAAGGAUAACUCAGUACAGAGGAGGAGUGACCUUGUUGCUUCGUUUUUAACCGAAAUUCUACUUGCCUUAAAAGAGAUUAACAAAAGGACGAGGAACAGGGCAUAUGAUAUUCUGGUCCAGAUUGGCCAUGCUUGUGCCGAUGAAGAGAGAGGUGGCAAAAAGGAGCACUUAGAGCAGUUGUUUAACAUGGUCGCUGGUGGCCUUGCUGGGGAGACCCCUCACAUGAUUAGUGCGGCAAUGAAAGGUUUAGCUCGGUUGGCCUAUGAAUUCACUGAUCUUGUCGCUGCUUCGUACAAUGUCCUUCCAUCUGCAUUUCUCCUUCUUAGGAGAAAGAACAAAGAAAUAAUUAAGGCUAAUUUAGGCCUCUUGAAGGUAUUGGUGGCCAAAUCACAAGCAGAAGGAUUGCAGGCUCAUUUAAGAGGCAUGGUGGAAGGCCUCCUAAACUGGCAAGAUAGUACUAAGAACCAUUUUAAAGCUAAGAUUAAGCUGCUACUUGAAAUGCUCGUCAAGAAGUGUGGCAUGGAUGCUGUAAAGGAAGUGAUGCCCGAGGAGCACAUGAAGCUCCUCACUAACAUAAGAAAGAUUAAGGAGAGGAGAGAUAAGAAGCUCAAUGACAACUCUUCGGAGGAAAGUAAAUCUCGUAUGUCAAAAGCAACAACAUCCAGGCUUAGUCGAUGGAAUCAUACAAAAGUUUUUUCUGAUUUUGGUGAUGAUGAAACUGAGGAUAGUGAAGCUGAGUCUAUGGAUAUGAAGACCAGAAAUGGUCGACAAAGUAGGGCCGAUGCACAUUCAUUACGGUCUAAGAAAACACGUAAAUCAUCGAGGAGCUUGCAAGAGGAUUUGUUUGAUCAAUUAGACGAUGAGCCACUCGACUUACUUGACCAACAGAAGACGAGGUUAGCUCUUAGAUCCUCUGGAAAUAACAAGCGCAAGGCAGAAUCUGACGAUGAGAUGGAGAUAGAUGCCGAGGGGCAUCUUAUCAUUCGUGAGGAAGACGGGAAGCCAAAAAGAAAGAAGUCACUCGACAGCGAGGCAGAUGUAAGAAGUGAAACUGGCAGUCGCUCGUCAAUGAACUCAAGAAAAACCCAAACCCAAACCCAGAAACGCAGGAAAACAUCAGAUGCUGGAUGGGCUUACACAGGAAACGAAUACUCAAGCAAGAAAGCAAGUGGCGACGUGAAGCGCAAGGGCAAACUCGAGCCAUAUGCCUACUGGCCCCUUGACCGCAAGAUGAUGAGCCGCAGGCCGGAACAACGCGCUGCUGCAAGAAAAGGCAUGUCGAGUGUGGUGAAGAUGACGAAGAAGUUGGAGGGGAAGAGUGUUGCUAACGCCCUUAAAAUGAAAGGAGCAAAAGGGAGCAAGAAGAGGGGCACAAGCAAAAGUUAGAUGAAGUAGAUGCUGGUCCAAGUAUGAAGUUGAAGUUGGGCUGUUAGUUGCUAAUUAUACUUUGCCUCCAUCAAGGUCAUUACUUGCCAACAAUUUUGUUUGCUUACAUUUAUCCUCAACUCCUUGUAAGUUUGGUUUUAUUUCAUCAAAUGCGAUUGCAUGAAAUUGGUAGUGUGUAUACUUGGUAGUUGCAAUAGUUUGGUUGAAUAUAAAUCGGUGAUUGUUAUUGAAACAGACAUUUGUGAGAGAAGUAUUUAUUCU